UCUGCCUCUCACUAGCGGUGCCCUACGGGCCUCAGUCUCCCAAACUGACAAAUGGAAGUAAUAUGCACCUCUCAGGGCCGUUUUGAGGAUGCUUUGGGUAAAUGCAUGAAAAGUUGAGCCCAGCGGCCCAGUACUGCUACAUUUACAUAGCAAAGGCAACAUAAAUAUCUACUGUUAUUAUUAUUUAUAUUUAUCUCCUGCUUUUUCCGGUUCCCGGAGCAGAGAGUUGGCACCUAAUAACUAUUUGCUGACUUAAUGAUUCUGUAAGUUCCUUAUUCCCUCCCCUCUCCUCCCUCACCCCAUCCAGUUCCCUCACCCCCACCCAGCCUCCACUCCCCAAGAAGUUGCCAAGGGUUUGGGGGAACAUUCAACCUGUCGGUGAGUUUGGGCAGCUCAGGCAAACCAUCGACCGUUGAGUGGACCCCGAGGCCUGGAACUGCCGUCCACCCAUCACGACCCACACCUUCCAGAUCUGGGGGGGCCAGGGGAUCCUGAACACAUCCCCUCCCUUAGGCCACAGCGAAGGUCACAAUCAACAUUCAUUGUUGUCGGUGGGUUGUGAGGACGGAGGCCAGACCCACCGAGGGAUGAAUGUCACUGUGUCUGGGCCGGACACAGCCUAAGGGGAAUGGGAUGGGGAAAAAAACCCACCCUGGACUCCCCCCCCAAAAUUGCUCAGCCAGUACCUGACCCUGACCCCAGCCUCUCAACCCCUUGGUGAGGGCUGGUGUCUGGGAUCCUUACAGGCACAGGCUGGAUUUGGAGAAUAAAUCCUGGAGGGCUGGGGGCAUAAAUCACAGGCUCAGGGCUGGGCAGCUGAAAAACCCUUGUGAAAGAGAUUAGUGAGCCCCGCUUCCGGAAGGCUCAAUAAAGUCUUCUUGAAUGAAUGGAUGAAUGAGGUGGGUAGGCAGCAUAACACCUCUUCUCUGCAUUCAAGUCCCGGGCCCAGCUUUCUCACCCUCCUUGCCUGGUACCCACAGACCCCUGCUUUACCUUCAGUUGCCCACCUAGCACCUUGACGCCAGUUGAUCCUUCCACCUGCCCAUCUGUGCCCCACGUGGGUGACUCCUGGGCACACCUUAUCCUCCGGAGACUGAGCUGAGGUCUCAUUUGAGGGGGAGAUCAAGGCACUCGUGAAUGCUAGGGGUCCCCCCAUUAGCCCAACUUGUGCCUGUGCUCUCCUCCACCCCCCAUAAUGUUUUGCCUCACCCCCUUUCCACCCCAGGACCAGGACGAGCUGGUCCUAAGGCUCCCCAACACCUAAGGCUCUGGUGGUAACUGCUAACUGCGUGGGGAGGCAGGCUUUGGUGCUUAUCUUUGUGAAUAACCCCAGGGGCAGGUGGUUUCAUACCCCAGUCUGUUCAUCCAUUAAAUGCUUAGAUCCACUGAAAAGGGGUGUGAAAGCUCCCUGAGGGUGGCCAGAGCUGGGAGCCUUGGUCUUUAUCCCCCCACCCCAUAAGCCAGGCCCAUCCUCCUUCCAAAGACAGUUGGAGCAUCAGCAGCUCCCCAACCCUUCCCAAAGAGCGCAGGGGUACCCGGCCCCUCCCCCAGCCCAGGAGCAGGAAGAAAGAAGUUACUAAGUUACUGGUUACAUCAAUGCUAGUCUGUCGGGUGGGGCUUCCAACCCUCCCACCCCCAUCACCCUGUGGGGCAGGAGAGGCGGGCAGGCUCUAAGGAGGGGUCGCCCUCCCAAUGCCCUCUGGGUGGGGUGUAUGACUCCAUAUUACUGGUGCCCCCUGCAGCCUGUGUCUUGUCACCCCCCCCCUCGCCUCCAGCCCACCCAGAGACCAUGCGUCCCCUUGGCAGGUGCAUUCUUGGGGGAGCAGCAGCAAGCCCCCCUGUGACAAUAAGGAACCUCCUACAGCCUGCUCCUCCCUCUUCACACCCCCUUGGAGGUAUAAGGAGGGAACUGACAGCCCAGACUGCUCGGCUCCAGAGAGGGGAAGGGGGGGUUCAGAAGGCAGGUGUAGAAAGACAAGCUCUGGGGCGGCUGGGUUUCUUCUCUCUCUGCCCCUCCGCCUGGCACACGGUGUCCAGCCAUGGGGACCUUCAAUCCAUGGACAGAUUACCUGGGUUUGGCACGCCUGGUGGGGGCUCUGCGUGGGGAAGAGGAGCCUGAGACCAGGCUGGACCCCCAGACAGAACCAGUGCCAGGACUGGAGGGUCAGACACCCAGCCCGGAAUCCUCACCAGCUCCUGAACGCCUGUGCACUUUCUGCAAGCACAACGGCGAGUCCCGGGCCAUCUACCAAUCCCACGUGCUCAAGGACGAAGAGGGCCGGGUGCUGUGCCCCAUCCUUCGAGACUACGUGUGCCCCCAGUGUGGUGCCACUCGCGAGCAUGCCCACACCCGCCGCUUCUGCCCGCUCACCGGCCAGGGCUACACCUCCGUCUAUAGCUACACCACCCGCAACUCGGCCGGCAGGAAGCUGGCCCGCUCGGACAAGGCGAAGACGGCGGACUCCGGACACCGCCGAGGAGGAGGAGGAGGAGGAGCCUGUGCAGGUUCCAAAGGUGCCGGGAAUCCUUCUGGAACUACCCCCUCUUCCUGCUGUCCCUUCACUUCUGCCUAAGGAGGCUGGCGCGGGCAGGACGGGGUUGCUGCCUUCACCUGGGGUUGGGGACCCAGGCCCACUGGAGGCUGGAUUUCAGGGAAGACUCACCCUCCGAGGAUCCGCCCCUAGGCCCUGCCCCCAUCCUGAGGGCCUGGCAAAGGAGCCCCGUCUGGGAGCACAGCCCAAAGAGUGCCCCGACCCCCUCACGGAAGGAGGUGGUUCUCAGGCACCCCGGCCCUCCUUCCCCAGCGCUGGGC